CUAAUCGCUUCCUUAUUUGAGCAUAUUAUUGUGAUCUAAUUUUCCUUCGAAGUUUUGAACAUGGCUCCUAAAUAUAUUAUAGAACAUAUGGAAGAUAAUUUGCACGAAUGGUGUCUAUUGGAGUAUUAUCAUAUAGCAACCUUUAUACAUCCCUCCAAUUUAUAUUUUACUAAUUUAUCAAUGAUAGCAGAGACAUCAUUUAAAAAUUCAGAAAUUCCAAAAGAAACUAAUUUUAUUACCGAGAAUAUUAUAAAUAUGAAUGUUCCAAUGGAUAAAAUAUGUCUUUUAGAUCCUGCUUCUAAUCAAGUAUUAGAACCGACGGAUGGUGAUGCUUUUGAAUAUUUUUUAUUUGGUGGGAUUCUUGGAGACGAUCCUCCCAGAGAUCGUACAUCUGAAUUAAGGCGUCUUGGAUUUACUACGAGGAAUCUUGGUGCCAUGCAAAUGACAACAGAUACUGCUGUACACGUAACAAAGAGAAUUGUAGAUGAUAGAGUACCGAUUAAUCAAAUUCCUUAUAUUGAUUUUCCUGAAAUAAAAAUUAGUAAAACUGAAUCUGUGAUUAUGCCUUUUCGUUAUAUCGCUAUACCUGAUUCUCAUAAAUCUACUUUACAAACCACCGACAAUGAAAUGAAACAAAAUAUCGUUCCAUUAUUACCCUCAGGAAUGAUUGAUUUAUUAAAAAAAGACGGAGAUAUGGCAUUUGAAUUUUAAAUAUCUACAAAGCAUCUAAACAUUAUAACUUGAUAAGAUAUUUAUGUGUACGUAAAAUUAUUGUGAAAUUCUCGAAUUUAAAAUUUCCAUCACCUUAACAGUUAAUGAUUAUGAA